CAAAGCCAGGAUGUUCCCUGAUACCUUCUGCACCCCAGGAACAGCUGGAUGACUGUGAGUGGAUCACCCAGGGCAGAGGAGCAGAGCCCCUGCCACCACCUAUGGAGCUGAUGGGUGAGCCCAGGGAGCAGAGUAGCAGGCACCCCUUCGUGCAGCACCGCAUGCCCCCAAUGACAGAGGCAGCAGCCAGGCGAGCCCUCCUGCGCUUCAUGUCCUCGCGGUGCUGCUAUGGGAGCAGGGCGGCAGGGGACCUGGCCAUCCAGUGCCUGCGGCAGGCGGGCACCUACCGAUAUCGACUGGAGACGUUCAGUGAGUCGAGGUUAAGCGAGUGGGUGUUUGAGCCCUUCACCAAGCCUGGAGCAGCUGGAUCCCCGGGUGAUGCCCCCCUGGACCUCUGGGAUGUGGAGGUUGGCCCCCCUCCACUCUUCCAGGGCCGAACACGGCGGUGCCGGGUGCCCUGCUCAGCACUGGUCAGGGACUGUCACAGAUGCCAUGGUCACGGCCGUUCCAAGUGCAGGGUGUGCCAUGGGGCAGGUCAGACAAGGUGUGUAACAUGCAAGGGAUCUCGACGCAGGCUAAAGCAGCAGAAGAGAUGCCAGCUUUGUUCAGGUACAGGUCGCAAAAGGUGCAAUACCUGUUCUGGCCGGGGCAGCAAGACCUGUGUGACCUGUCAGGGAGAGAAAAAGCUCCAGCAUUUCAAGCAGCUGGUGGUAACCUGGAAGAACAAUGUCUUUGAAUUUGUUUCUGAGCAUCAUCUGAACUUCCCAGGAGAGCUGCUCAGCAAAGUCAGUGGAGAGAGUAUAUUUAAAGAUGAAAAUGUGAUGGUGUACCCCAUCAUCGACUUCCCUGAACCUGAAAUCUCCCUGGCCUCGCAGCGAGCCAUUGCAGAGCACAAUGCAGCGUUUGCCACAUCGUCCCGCAUCCUCCGGCAGCGGCAAACAAUUGAGCUAAUCCCCAUCACAGAAGUACACUACCAGUAUUCAGGGAAGCCUUACCUCUACUACAUCUAUGGGCUUGAGAACAAGGUAUAUGCACUGGACUAUCCUGAGAGGUGCUGCUGCAGCUGCACUGUCAUCUGAGAGUUGAUGCUGGGAGAAAAGUAGGAUUCUGGCAGCAAUUACCCCAUGAAACCCCUGCAGGGAGCAGGGAUGCUCCAGGACCUUGCUCCCAGGCAUGCUUGUGUCUGCAACAGAGGACUGCCAACACAACAGAGCAGGGGAAGGAAAACCAUGAUGCCUCUCACUUCAAAUCCUUUCUAUCUCGGAGCCGGGACCAGCUCCAGGCCUCCUGUUGGGUGCAUAUCAGGCCUUUGGGUAAAGAUUUCUCCCUGUGGAUGUUUUCCUUUCUUGUUGCAAUGCUGUAUCAUGAAGGUGAAUGGGUAUUGACAGAGACAUUUUCAGUCCAACUAUGCAGUUUAUGACUGGUGCCUUUCUUUCCCCGUUUUAUUUGUCCAUUUUCCUGACUUACUACAUAAUCUAUAAUGAUGUAUUUAAAAGCUCUAUCCAAUUAGCAAAUCAAACUUUAAAGGUUUUUAAAUACCCAGUAACAGCAUCUGAGGGGUGGUUGUACCAAUAUGAAAAUCAUUGUC